AGAGCGGAUGUAGCGGAGAGGGAAGCAGAGGCUCUUCGGGAACAGCUGACAUCCGCCAACAAGUCCCUCCAGCUUGCCACACAGAUCCAGAAGGCCCCUGACAUGGAGCAGGCCCUGGAGGUUCUGUCUCGCUCCAGUCUGGAGGUGGAGCUGAGCGCCAAGGAGCGGGAGGUACUGCACCUGGCUGAGGACGUGCAGAGACUGCAGGCCAGCCUGGCCAACAUCCGUGAGAACUCAGCCUCACAAAUCAGUCAGCUGGAGAAGCAGCUCAGCACCAAGGAGAGCUCGCUCAAGGUCAGCCCCGUCACACCACCACCAGGGCCCCUGGUCAGCCCCGUCACACCACCACCAGGGCCCCUGGUCAGUCCCGUCACACCACCACCAGGGCCCCUGGUCAGCCCCGUCACACCACCACCAGGGCCCCUGGUCAGCCCCGUCACACCACCACCAGGGCCCCUGGUCAGCCCCGUCACACCACCACCAGGGCCCCUGGUCAGUUCAGUCACACCACCACCAGGGCCCCUGGUCAGUUCAGUCACACCACCACCAGGGCCCCUGGUCAGUUCAGUCACACCAACACCAGGGCCCCUGGUCAGCCCCGUCACACCACCACCAGGGCCCCUGGUCAGUUCAGUCACACCACCACCAGGGCCCCUGGUCAGUUCAGUCACACCACCUCCAGGAGCCCUGGUUAGUCCCAGAACACUGAGGGCACUGGUCAGUUCCGUAGAUUAGUCAGUUAUGAAGAGUAGGCCUAACCACACUUGAACUUGUGUGCCAUGGUAAGAAAAGCUGCAGUUGUCAGUAGUACUUUAUAAUGCAUCCGUGUGCAUCCCGUUAAUGCAUUUGGAUAUUGUGCACAAGAUAAGCUCUACCUUUCAGCUUGAACUCAGAAAAACAGUAAUUUACAAAUGAAACAUGUCAGGACCCUCUGACUAAUGCAUAGCCCUGAACCCUCUCUCCCUAAACGUCACAGUGGUUUUACUGAACUCUGCGGGGCACCCCACACAAGACUCUACAUUUAGGACUUGACUGACACGUCUUUGUAUCCAUGGAGACUGAACAGACAUGUCAUACCCAGUGAGCUUUAUGCACAGAGACUGUAGAGCAGGGGUCAGCAACAGGCGGCCCGCGGGCCAAAACCGGCCUGCAAGUGAUUUAUUUUUGAUAUAUACAAUUAGGAUUUUCGUAGUUGCCUACCUCUGCCUACCUCUACUGUAGAUCUUCUUUAUUGGAAGUUGUCGUGACAGGUGUAGCUGCAUGGUAAUGUGUUUUUUAGAGACUGCAGAAAGAGAAAAGAGUAGAAUUGUUAUGUACACUUUCCAAUGCACUGAGCUAUCUUAAAUGUACACAUGCUAAUGCACUAGGCAUGCAAUGUGACUCCUCAAGAGAACAUAUUCUACAUUUACAUUUGAGAUAUUUAGCAGACUCUCUUAUACAGAGCGACUGACUGUCUCACCUAAAAUAGCUAGGUGAGACAACUAUAUUACAGUUGUAGUAAGUACAUUUUUCCUCAAUAAAGAAGUCAGCAAAGUCGGUGCUAGUAGGAAAAGUCAAUUGCAUGUUUUUUGGGGGGUGGGGGGGGAUAAGAUACCCUUUGAAGAGUAUACGUUGACUCUCCAAAUGUUUGCUUCCCCAUGCAUUGGUCCUCAUUAUGAGCCCACUAGAUUAUACACAUACUUUUACGCUCUGUCCUCCCAAGAGUACACUACUCGCUACUUUAUGAGAGUAACGAAGUGUCUCUCUCUCCACACAGCAACUGGAGGAGAAACUGCAGGAGCAGGCGGACUAUGAAGACGUCAAGAAAGAGCUCAGGUAAUUCACUUUCCCUCCUUCUGCCUUCCCUCCUCUCCCCUCAGCCACAGGCGUCAGUUCAAUAAACCAUACAAAUUAACCAGAAAAAAUUCAUUGCUGCCUCCGAGCCUAAACUUGUGAUGCCACCGGGUGCAAGUAUGUAAGACGUGGCCUCGUCCAAGGUCGGGUCAGUACGGAUUCACUCUAAUGCCAUUCGGACGCUCUGCCAAACCACCCUCAAGACUAUCAUUAACCUUUAGAUUUAUUCCCUGAGUGUGGAUGCGUAGAGUCAGAGUAUUAUUGGCUAAGCACUGGUAGUGCUUAUCAGAGAAGCUAGUUUGAUUGGACAGUGGGCCUUUACGUUCAACCUCUGUUUGCCACUGCUUUCUUAUCUGAUUGGGAUGUUUUGGGGUCUGGAGAUGGGAUGCUAACAUGGCUGUGCUGUAGACUCAUUAAAGGGGUAUGUACUGGAUGCUUUCUCCCCACAUGUGGGUUUAUUGACAUGGUCUUCAAAUCUCGUUUCUUUUAAGUAUAGCUACUUUUAAGGUCAUUCUUUUGAAACCAUUGAUUGCAGUUGUCAAAUAUGUUAUGUGUACAGUAGCUCAAUAAAUUAUUUGUUUAUAUAAAAAAGGUUGAAUAAACCAAGGAAAUCUGUUAUGAUAAAUGUCAUUUUUAAUCUUCACUCAUUAAGCUUUAUUGCGCCGUAUUUUCUUUUUUUUAUGGCAGUGGCUCGUAUAAGCUCUAGCGUUUCUGGUCUGGGAUCUCAAGACGGUGAACAGUUUCUGCAGUUGUUUGGUGUUGUGCUGCGUCUUAUCUCAGUCCAAGCCAGUAACAAGAAGGCUAACUAUGUUAAGUUUGGCCGAUAAGAUAAUUGCCCAUGUUUAGGGAACUGGGGCGUUUUCUUGCCAGGAUUUAACAAUCUCCACACAUCUGAGGAAGGGGCCGUCUGGACAUUAAUUUGGUAACUGGAUUUUCAGGCAUAAUAUUCCCAAUUGGAAGAAGUCAUAAAGGUAGUAUCAGUGAAUGGUUCUGUUUGUGAGUUUUUCUAGCCACUAUGAUGGUCAGCCAAAGAGCGAUUUCUGGGAAUUUGUAUUGAUAGCCCGCCUGGGAUCCCAAAGGGAAGCAUUCCUCUCCUAAUAGACUAAAGUGUCUUUAUUUGCCUCCCAACCUUUUCAUAGAUGCUUUUUCCUCUAUAGAUAAUAUCGCCUGAAAUCCAAUUGGCACCCAGUACAUGAUUGAAUAACCCAUUUUAAUUACUGUGAUUGACUCUAAGGAUUUCAUUGCGUUAUCAGAUUUUGAUGGUCGGAGAGGAGUGAAGGACUUGUAUUGAGCCGACUCUCUUUGUGACGUAUCGCUUUGCCACUGCCUGUCGCUGAUUUAGAUAUUCUGUGCGGGCUGGUAGCAGAUACAUUUCAGUCCUGUAGUGCUGUGUGUAUUUGUGAUCUCCUUUUUGUAGUGGGUGCAGUAAUCAAGUGGUCCAUUUUCCCUUGUUUACUUCACAGUUUCCGCAAGUCCAUAGAGUUUGGCCCUUCAAACUGCUCUUCAGCACAGGUAAGGAGGCUGAAUGUUGCAUUUGAGUUGGAUUUGAACAAUAUUUAGACAGUAUAUCUUAUCAAACAAUGUUUAACAAUGUACUCUCUCCUUGUCAGGAAUCUAAGAAGCCUCUGGAGUUGUUGUUGAAGAGUCGAGGCCUGCAUUCUGAGAGCUCCUCCCUGCGCCUGAACAACAGUGAGCUGAGUAGUGAGUCCUUCAAGCCACCUACACACACAUACACAUACAUGCAUAUGCACACAGGAUUUAUGAAGGUGACUUAUCAAUCAGACAUCUGAUGUGGACUAUGUAGUGUUUCUUUGCCACCUGGGAACUUGCCAACUGACGAAGUUGAACGUUAGUGUUCGCCAGAAAAUAUUUAUUUGUUUAAAUCUCCUUAGCCAUUUACACUCACUCGUACCUGUAUACGGGUUGAAAAUAGCAUAUUUGGGCACUGAUAAACGCCUAAAUUGGAACGCUGUGGCUGUGUACAGUAACAUGCUAUACAUCAUGGUUUCCCAAACUUGGUACUGUGGACCCCCUGGGAGUACAUUUUGUUUUUUGCCCUAGCACUACACAGCUGAUUCAAAUAACCAACUCAUCAUCAAGCUUUGAUUAUUUGAACCAGCUGUGCAGUGCUAGGGCAAAAAACCAAAUGUGCACCCAGGGGCCCCAGGACCAAGUUUGGGAAACCCUGCUAUACAUGACGUCAGAGCUCUGGCGUUGGGCUUUGACUGACAGCCGUUCUGAACUUGAGCACCUUGUGCGACAACAUGUUGCCACCCUCCUGCUAAUUGUGCAACUAUUUUGUUGUCUGUGUGAGAGAAACGCUGAAAAUUAACAGGACUAUGUAUACUGAACAAAAAUAUAAAAAAAUAUAUAUAUAAAAAUGUCCCAUGUUUCAUGAGCUGAAAUAAAAGAUCCCAGAAAUGUUCCAUAUGCACAAAAAGCUUAUUUCUCUCAAAUUUUGUGCACCAAUCUGUUUACAUCCCUGUUAGUGAGCAUUUCUCCUUUGCCAAGAUAAUCUAUCCACCUGACAGGUGUGGCAUAUCAAGAAGCUGAUUAAACAGCAUGAUCAUUACACAUGUGCACCUUAUGCUGGGGACAAUAAAAGGCCACUCUAUAAUGUGCAGUUUUGUCAAGCAAUACAAUGCCACAGAUGUCUAAAGUUUUGAAGGAUCGUGGAAUUGGCAUGCUGACUGCAGGAAUGUCCACUAGAGCUGUUGCCAGAUAAUUGAAUGUUAAUUUCUCCACCAUAAGCUGCCUCCAACCGUCGUUUUAUAGAAUUUGGCACUACGUCCAACUAGCCUCACAAAUGCAGACCACGUGUAAUCACGCCAGCCCAGGACCUCCACAUCCGGCUUCUUCACCUGCGGGAUCGUCUGAGACCAGCCACCCGGACAGCUGAUGAAACUGAGUGGAGAAAAAUGUAUUCUGAUUGGCUGCGCCCCUGCCCAGUCAUGUGAAAUCCAUAGAUUAGGGCCUAAUUUAUUUAUUUCAAUUGACGGAUUUCCUUAUAUGAACUGUAACUCUGUAAAAUCAUUGAAAUUGUUACAUGUUGCGUUUAUAUUUUUGUUGAGUAUAUUUUGAAAGAUGAGACGUUGAGGAUUAUAAUGAAUACCGCUUUGAUGUCAUACAAGCAAGCCAAACACCUGUGAAUCCAAAUGUGCAAUUCACAUUUCGAUAUCAAAAAACUCAUGUCAUAUACAGUGUCAAAGUUUAUGAUCACUACAGUUACAAGAUGACAUGGCGUCAUACCUUGGGUGGUUCUGAACAGAAUGAGCCUAUGUUUGACUAUUGUGAAGAAAAUUUGCUGCGGUACACGCACCUGAAUGCACUCAUGACUCAUUUCUAUGCGUAACAAAAUUACGAUCUGUAAUAUCGUAUUUUAAACUUACCUAGUCAUGUUUGCAGUAUAACAAGCUUUCAAAUGAUGCCCACCUGACCGAGAUUGUGAUUUUUAAUGGACCGGGUUGUUUUCCAACCAAAACAACUACAAGUGUGCUUGCUCUAGAUACCCUCAACGGCACAGCUAGGAGAGCUAAAUAAAGCAUCUAAUAGUUGAAGACUAUUCUUUGAGUCAUAAAAGUGCAUUGAAAUUAUGUAGGAACUGUGCACACUUUGGAGAGGUGUGUGGCCACUCGGAGACACCAGUUCUCACUCAAACCCUUGUAUUUUUCUUAUUUUAGGUUGCACCUACCCCACAUGUUACUGAAUGUAUCCAGAGUAUUUUGAGAUUUCGUUAUCAACAAGUACAGUAAAUGUAAAAUACACAUAAAAUCAACGGUGUAAUGUCUGGAUUCAGUCGGGUGAACUAUUGUGUCCUCACCUUUGGUCUAAUAAUUUUGCCAUAAUCUCCAAAUUGUUCCCUUUCACUUGCUACCAGGGUUAGGCAUUUCAUAUUUCUUCUGUAAAAAAACGUUUCAAUUUAGCCAUAUAGGCCAAUUCCCACGAGCCGUAAAGGGUUAACCAGUAUCAGAGCAGCCAAUCAGAUAUCAUCAGAUUUUGUUUGUGAUAUACAUGUAGACACAACCACGAAGUCAAUUCCUGGUGUGAACUGCCCUCUGUCAAGGUCUUAUUCACGGGCUGGAACAGAACCGUAAGCACUGAUAGGGUUGUUUACAAAGAGGGGGCUGAUGUUUUGUUGAACUCAUUGAGCCUAAUUCAGUGAUACACAGAGCCCUAGUAUUCCACCUUUGAUCUCUGAUCCCUUAUCGUCCUCUCUUGUCACGACAUGCCAGCUCUUUGAACCGCAUACCCCAUAUUCAGUAGCCUUACACUCCUGAGACUGAAGGAUAUCUGUCACAAAGAGCUUUAUGAAAGUGUACACAUUGUCUGAGCUGAAGUUACCUCAGACCAGACUGUAAUGGGGAGAAAAAGUCCAUAAUUAGCCUUCAUGGGCCUGUGCCUCUGUGUGUGUGCCAGGGUGCUUCAAACUUAAAAGGACACACAGUCCUUUUGUUUCUUUACUCUGUCAGUCGCCUAGAGGGGUUAUAUACGGGAAGUCCAGUAGUCAAACAGGAAGCAGCGCCAGCUAUCUCCGCCAGCAGAAGAAGAGACUGUUAGACUCAAAGGAAAGACGUUAUCUCUCUUGGAGCAUUUUCUUUUCUACAAAUAUAGAGACACACUUCUAAAGAAUGUGUCAACUGUUUCCAUUGGCACACUCCCACGUUUGAUACAAAGAAAUACAUAAAGUAAAUGUAUAAUAGAUUUGAAUUGAAGGGUUCGAUGCAGACAGUCUGCUCACACCAUUAAGAUUGAAGUGCUGCUGCUUCCUCAGCGCGGCACUCGUCUUGUCUGGCUCCUCGAUUUAUCUCAUUCAGAGAAUCAGCCCUUUAAACAGGGGGAUUUGAGAGAUACUGUAACAUUUUCUGUGAUACAUUUCAACAGGAUCCCUGUUUGAAGUUCCUUGUUGUAUCUCCAUUUCUCUAAACGCCUUGACUUUACAUCUGCUACCCAACUGCUUAGACUCUGGAGAUGAAAAGAUUGGGGACUUGUUGGUCCUUGGUGUACAAACCAACCUUUUGGUACUAGUUUUACACCUGCUGAUGAUCAGUUUGCCUUUUUUCCAGUUGAGAGCUUUAGCUUUCUGUUCUAAGUUACCUCAAAAGUCUCUUUUAAAAUCUCUCCCUAAAGUUUAUUUUACCCUAAACUCGAAGGUUUGACCUCUCCAAAAAAUUACCUAACCACACCACAGGCUAGGGGUCUCUAACUACACAAACAGGUACCGACCGCUGCUUGUGUAUGGAGGCUACAUCUCAUCUUUACGGGUUAAGGUCAGUUUGCUUGCUUCCCAGGGCUGUUUGGGUAGUGCAUCUGCGACAACACAGAUUGCAGUUGCGUGUCGGUGGGUGGGGGUAGUGGAGGGGCACAGUGCGGCCCACCCUGGGCGAGGAGAAGAAGGGGGCCACUGGAGGUCAGACGCUGGUGGAGAUGAAGUGAUCCAGUAUGGUAAUGAAGCCCUGUUAGUCUCUCCUCCCAGUGUGCCCUUUACCACUCGGUCGCUCUGGAAAUGUCAUCCCAAUUGGCUUCGGGUCUCGCCCUCCCUCACCCACCCUAAAAAAUGAAGCAUUUCAUUUGCAUUCCUAAUGGGAUCCCUCGUUGUCCUACCAGAUCAUGUCGAUGUGAAACCACGGACCGGCAUCCUACUUGUUUAUUUCCCAAUGUGAUUUUGGAUUAAUUAAUGUUAAUGAUUGUAAAGUGUUAUCAGUUUUAUGAGAAUAACUAAAUGUUGUGUGCCUGAUGCUCUGUACACCAUGGACUCUUUUGUAAUGGUGUUGGGCCUAUGGCUAUACCUAACAUUAAUCAAAGCUCACAAGGAAAACUACAUAAAGAGCAAUUCUUGCUUGGCAGCCAUUGUUUAUUAUUGCUGUAUAGUACAUGCAUAAGUUUUGCUUCUGUUCCCACACUCUGAUGAACACACCACAGGCACACACACCACUGAUGUUAACCCACCAUGAAACUCUACCUUGAGUGAGUGGUGGCCUGGAGAUGGUGAUAUGCAGGGGCAGGUUAAAGGAGGUUAGGCAGGGCAUACACCACACAGCAGGUAACCUAGGCACAUCUGCCUGUGUCCAUAUCCUGGGUCAUGCCUGCCAGACGCUUCCCUUCACUACUGCUCAGUGUCCCUCUCCACAGCCAGAAGCCCAACUGGCAAACACACACACUCCAUCAGUGCAUCUCCACUCUAAUGUUAUGCUACUCCACUGGAGUACACUGCCCACGUCUAGAUAUUUUGUUUGUUAUUUUGGACUUUGUUGACGCCACAUGAUGUAUUGAUCUGUGUCAUGUUUUGUCUGGUUUCACAGGUGUGAGGGAGCGAAAGGUCAAAGAGUCAUCAGAGGGACAACAGUGUCUUUCCACCACACCCAUGGGCACCAACUUGAAGGGCUCCCCUCCCCCUCCCUCCUCUCAGCUCCUCCUGCGCACUGGCUCAGGUGGUUCCUCCGACACCACCCCAGUCACUGCCGCCAAUGGCACACACCACUUCUCGCCCACGGGCGGUGGGCUGGGUGGGCAGGACUUCUUCAGCCCCUCCUCUCUGGCGUCGGCGGGCACCGUUUUCCCCUUGGGGGGCAAGGUGGCGCUCAACUCCCUGCUGCAGCGCCAGCUCAUGCAGACCUUUUACUCCAAAGCCCUGCAGGACUCAAUGUCCGCCUCCGGCCAGGCCCUGCUCUUCUCCCCCGCCAACUACCCCACCCAUAACUCCCUCUCAGCCAGCCCCCUGCCACCCCAUCAGUCUUUGCAGUCACAAUCCCAGCACCCGUCGGCGGGCAGCCCGGACAUCAACGGCCUAGCCCCCUCACCAAGCCAGUCAGAAGGGGCGGGGAGCGUCUCAGAAGGCGAAGACAUGGACACGUCUGAGAUAGCGCGUCAGGUCAAGGAGCAGCUGAUCAAGCACAACAUUGGGCAGAGGAUCUUCGGCCACUAUGUGCUGGGGUUGUCCCAGGGCUCUGUCAGUGAGAUACUGGCCAGGCCCAAGCCCUGGAGCAAGCUGACCAUCCGGGGCAAGGAGCCCUUCCACAAGAUGAGGCAGUUCCUGUCCGACGAGCAGAACAUCCUGGCACUGCGCAGCAUCCAGGGGAGACAGAGAGGUGAGACUGACAGAAAUGUAUACAUACACUUCACACAGCACACAUCAACCGCUCACACACACACAUAGCUGAGCACGUCACAUAUACACACAUAUUUUAGUAAUGUCUUUGCCUCCAGAUGCUUUGCAUCACACAUCAAGUUCCAAUUCCUAGGUGAGAUAUUUCUGAUGUGUAUAGAACGGUAACCUCGUAAUUACCAGACUGAUUCCAUUCAUGUAAACUUGCAAGAUCAGGUGGCUUGCGAGGUUAGUAGAAUGGCCCCAGGUUCAGGCAUGUGUUCUGUUUCUGUGUUACGGUAGCUUCAGUAUGGUCCUGCUGUGCUCUCCCACAAAUCUGUGUACUCAACUUAACAGGAAAAGGAGUGCUGAAUAGUACAUUGAUGGUACAGACAUUUAGACGUCCCCCCCACCCUCCACACCCCACAGCAGUGUGGCCAUAGCCCGGGACCUUGAUGAAUGGACAGCGAUCCUUAUCACUCUGUCGCCAGUCAUGUCGCCUGCUAAAAUAUCCAGAUUAACCUCGCAGACAUGUUCCCUUCCCCGUCGUUAUCGCCUUUCGCCUGUCGUCGUAGCAACCGUCCCAGGAAUAAAAACCAAGUAGAGGGAGGGAGCAUUUAAAAGCUAGUCUAUCAAGAUGUCAUCGUCGCACGCGCCACUCAGGGUUCCAUCACUUAGCGCUGUCGGCACACUGCUUUUUGCUAUUGAUUUUGUAACCGUCUUAAAUGGCACAUUGCCAUGUGCUGCUUGGGAAUGCAUUCUGUACUGUUGAGUCAGUGAGUGGGAGGCAAGCUGAUCCCGUCAGAUUGCAGAGGAAGAUCUGUCUGAAUGGGCUCAAACAGCAGUCAAUAACAUGCAUGUCUGGACAGGCAGUGGUGCGGGGGGGGGGUUGUGUUUGUGUGUACUGUGUGUUUGUGUCAGUCAUGCAGAACAGAAUGUUCUGAGGAUAGUGCUUUAAGUCUUCUGAAAAAGCAUGCCACAGUAGUGACAGUACACACGGCGACUCAGACUGGAGCUGCACUCCCCUGCUGCAAAGCUCUCAUUCUUCACCCCAAACUGCUCAUAAUGCGGACAUUUUCACAAGCAAUUAUGUCAAAUUUGAGACCGAUUACAAAACGCGUGCCUGUACAUUGGGUUCCUAUUAAAUGACUCCAUAUUUCUCCUCUUUCCUCUCUCUUUCUCCUUUCUCUAUCUCUUUGUAUCCAUCACUCUGGCUGUGUCUGUUUCUCUGCUCUCUCUCUCUCUUUCUGUCUCUAACUGAGGAACUGAUACAUUUGGAGCUUGGUGCUCAGUCAAUAGCGUCACAAGGCAAGAUGAGAGCUGCUGCCGUCGGCAGCCCUGGACGAGAGCGAGGCGAAACAGACUGGGUAUUAGGAAACACGUCCGCAGUCCAGUCUCUCCGCGUUACACAGCACGGGCCCACUUGGCAGUCAGGGCAGGGGUGAUGUGAAAGUUUGCGCUUGGGGGCGAAAUUUGUUCCUCUCUGUGUUAAAGCAGAGUAGUGAGUGUAGAUGAAUGUGCACACUGUUGCUCUGCACUCUUGUCUAUUGUACUUGUUUGGACGGGCUUCAAGGAGUUGGUCUGGCAGCAAGCACCAAACCUGUUGGCCCAGGGGAAAAGUCUAACAGAAGUUUAAUAGAAUCAUGCUGGGAAGAAAUGUAAUGUGGUUCUUAUGCGCUGUAGCUACUAGUUCUGUUCCGUUUCAAUCAUUUCAAUGUUCUCAAUAACUGAACCCGCAACUCACAGUCCAGUGAGUCCAAAUCCCCAUCAAUGUCUGUUCUCGAAUAUGUGGAGAGUUUGACAUGUGGGUUUGAAUGGUAGAACAUGUGGAUUGACUCAAGGGUUCUCAGAAGGCGGUUUAAGACUGUGUAGAGUGGUCUUAAAUCAACUUUGUUUCUGGCUGUUUGACAAUAAGAUACUGUUGUCUACUACUGUGCGUAUUACUCUGGCCAAAGUGUUAGCAAAGAGCAUGUGUGCAUUUACAAGCAUUGUAUUCUGACAUACUGAACCAUAUGGCUUCUAGCUAUAUUUGCGUUCUUAAGUAAGUCACUUAAGGGUUUCGUCCUUGUUGAAUUGGUUUUGCCCAAAUGUUAGGGUUUUUGCUCAGAUGACUAGAUGUUGUGGUGGUGAUGAGGAGGUGGUCUAGUAACUGUAGAUCUAUAGCUCUAUUUAGCUAAGGCCCUGACUACCACCACCAUAUCCUGUCUCCAUUUGAGUAUAAUGAAGCUGCUCCUAGACAUUGAUCUAUUGUCAGUUUUGCGUUUUCACUCUAAUGGUUAACAGUUCGGAUUUGGGGAGAGCAAGCUGAUCCACCUCCAUGUGGCAGUUCAGGGUUCUGACACUUACUUAUCUUAUCUGUCGCCACUUGUUUUCCAACAGAGAACCCAGGCCAGAACCUGAACAGAGUGUUUCAGGAGGUUCCGAAGCGAAGAACCGGCUCCGAAUGCUCCUCGAGGCCAGGUCUGUUCUUUGCCUUCCCUAUCGUGGUUGGUUUAGUGUUUUGGUCGGCUUUUAUGUUGUACAAUCUGUUGUGUCAGUUAGCCAUUGUCAAAGUCACUCUACCACUUCUGGCCUGGAGUCUGGUUGAAAAUACAGGGAGGGGGUUGAUGUUUAUCCUAACCAUGGAUAUUCUUUCUUCCCCAUUAAGGGGUUGGUUUAUCUGAUCAUAGAUCUGUGGUUAAGGACACCUUCUACCUCAGGCGAAAAAAUGGGGGGUAGGAUUAGGGGAUACCUAGUCAGUUGUACAACUGAAUGCAUCAAACUGAAAUGUGUCUUCUGCAUUUAACCCAACCCCUCUGAAUCAGAGAGGUGCGGGGGGCUGCCUUAAUCGACAUCAUCGGCGCCUGGGGAACAGUGGGUUAACUGCCUUGCUCAGGGGCAGAACAACAGAUUUUUACCUUGUCAGCUCGGGGAUUCGAUCCAGCAACCUUUCGGUUACUGGCCCAACGCUCCUACCCGCCAAGCUACCUGCCGCCCCAAACAUGAAGGGGGUUAUAAAGGCACCCUUUCGACCCAUAGGGUGCGUCUUAAAACUUCCAGUCCAAACCAGCCCACGUAAUCUCUCCCAGUCUGACAUCAGGGCGAAACCUCACUUGUAUAAUUUAGGCUUUAAAAAGCUCCUUUAUAUGCCGUACUAUAUACUUUCCCCAAACCCAUGCAGUGUUUCAUGCCUUAUGAAAAUGGCCAUGGGUGUGGUGCUUACAUGCAGAUUGGCACUUCGGAAGGCCGCAUACACAAUGAUUUUCAACCCCUUUUUCUUCACAGGCAGUGGUGGCCUUGACAAAACUGUAAAACUUUAAAAACAGAGGUCCUUAGAAAAACAUAGUAACAUUGUGUCCCCAUGACCCGGCAGCUGUUCCCCGUACACCACCAUGGCUGUGCAUGUGUGUAUAUCUCUGUGUAUGUGUGUGAGUUAGAACGUGCUGGGGGGGGGGGGGGUGCUUACGGAGUCCCCCAUCCUUGCCCUGUCAGACCCCUUUUUUGUCAUGAUUUAUUUCCAGUUCACCCCCUGUACCCAGCUGCUCCCCCCCGCCUCACUCACACACAUGAGCGAGCGCGACCUUGCCCAAUUACUCUGACCACUCACUCAGGACAAAUGAGAGAGAGGAAGCCGGGAAGCUCGGGAGCCACGUUCGUCAGGCCCCUCCAUGUUUAACUCCAAACAGCAAUUAGCCUUCCCUUCUGAAGCCCAUCCAAAACACCAGGUCUUGUGUUUCUUAUGGAGUCUGUCCAAAGUCUGGUUCCCAUUGUUGCGGAGGGUAGCUGGCUGGCUAGCUGGCUGCUGGAAGUGUUCUGUUCAGUGCUCAUGAGGAACAUGUGUAGCCGUGGCCUCUUGUGUUAACAGGAUUGAGCUGUGUUGUAAAGGGAGCCCCCAGGGGAGUAUUGCUGGCAGACACACAUACACACUGGUUCUGUUGCCAGGGGGGGCCAUGGCGAUUUGAUGUCAGAACUCACUGAAGGAGAAGGCUAGGUUUAACGUCACCUUGGGUUCCUUUUAGACAGGAGACAGUCAGUAGACUCAAACUUCAGACUUUUUUAUUGGAUAUUUAUUGGAAAAGUAGCACUUUUCUCAAACUCAAAACAUUGAGCUUCAGAUUUCACUGGCUAUGUUAUGACUGUUCACCUGUGACAUAUUGUAGUCAGACUCAAAAAAGUGAAAUACUAGCAACAUAUAUAUUAAUUACCCAAAGGUUCUAUCACCCCCGUUGCCUCCUGCCGUCCCUCCCUUUGGUACAGUCCAUUGACCCCUGACCUUUGUUGCCCCUCCCUAGGUAACAUCACCACACGGAUCCGCACCCCAGAGAGUGGCUCAGACGAGGCCAUCAAGUCCAUCCUGGAGCAGGCCAAGAGAGAGCUGCAGGUUCAGAAGGCUGGUGAGUGACUCCUCUCGCUGACGGACACUACUCUACAGCAGGGGCUGGUUUGAAUUUUCCAUUGAGUCCCUCUAUUGAUAUAGCUAAAAUAAUUGACCUCAACCCAACUUCAACCCUGCUGUAUAGUUGCCUGAUGCUUCUUGUCUGACCCUUGUCAUACCACACUGCAUGCCCCUUAUACGGAAAUUAUAGGGAUGGUGGGUAUUUGCUGUAUGAAGAGUUUCCUUCCCAGUGUUUUGACCGCAUACAGCCCGUAAAGUGGAUGAACAUACAGUAAGAUGUGAUGUGGUCGACUCAAGCUUUCUCCAUUGUAUCUUAUUGGUCAUACAAUUAUUCCUAAAUUGCCAAUGCCAUAACUAAUGCCAAACAGUGCUAGUGACUGCCCCAUACACUGCCUUUAGAAUGUCUAAGAGAUGUCCCUCGUGCUAACCCCCUCUUGACGCCGUGCCACCCACUACAGAUGGUGUGGAGGACAGACAGCGACGACAGACAGGUUACCCCCGAGGCAUGGGCAACUAUUUUGCAAAAUAUGCACAAAGUCUCAGACUCGGUGAGGAAUGGAUUUAACCUUACACACUGUGUGGCCCCACACCGAGAAUAUAUGAACCACCUUUUUCUGUCAGGGAUGGAGAAAACAUUUCCUUGACCGUCCAUGUCUUAAAUCUAAGGGAUAUGGUUUACUAGGGAGCAGUUAUUUUAGCCUGAAACACAUUAGAAAGGAAAAUGUGGCUAUAUUGAAAUUCUUAAGUGAUGGACUGUUAUUGUAUGAAUUAUCAAGCACUUAAAAUAUGUUUAUAAGACAAUCCGUUACUUCAUAAGAAAUCACUUCUUGUCAAAUGUUACAUUUUCCUUUUGUUUUGAUCUUCAGGCAUCAAACAGAAAAUCCAAAACCUCACCAAAUUCUUCUCCACUUCAAAUAGUGUGGGCCAUGGAGCAUCAUCUGAAGUUGAGUGUCGAUGGCGUUCGUAGCCUUGUCUGAUGACGUCUGUCUAUCCUCUCUGUCUGUCUCUCCCUGCAGUAGACUCGUCCCAGCCCCCUCCCUCGUCCAGCAUUGGUGGUGGUUGUGGUGGUAUCGGCUCGGGUGGAUCCUCCAGCUCAGACGAGACCAUCCGCUCCAUCCUAGAGCAGGCCAGGAGAGAGAUGGAGGCCCAGCAGGCCGUCCUGGAGCCCAUCCUCAAAGCAUCCUCCAUGGGCCCCUCUGACUUGGCCCUGCUCUCCCCCAAACUCCUGGGCGCUCCCAUCCUCCCGGCCUCCUACUCGCCUCUGGCCCUCUCACUCAAGAAGCCCUCCAUCCCCCCAACCUCCUCUCCUUCGCCCUCCUCCCUCCUGGAUUUCCACUCUGCCAUGGUGAAGAAGGAGGCAGGAGAGGUGGUGGUUGGAGAAGGUGGGGGAGGAGGAGGGUCGCUAAUGGACGGAGGGACGAAGCAGGGGCGAGGCUCCUGGAGGGAUCAAUGGUGGAGCAGUAUGCAUCCCGGGGGGCAGGGAGUCACGGCUAGCCUGAAUGACGAUGCGCGUAGUCAGGAGGACAGCAAGGAGGUACAGUAACAUAAAUACCACACACACUCUGCCUUCAUGACCUCUCUCUCACCUCUGAACCAUGGUGGUCCGGCCACAAUGUUCAAAAUGUUCUGAGAAUGUGUCAUAUUACUAUAACUCAUCACAGUUCUACACUCAAGGCUCAUUCCCUCUGAGGGAUCAUAUACAUGUUGUUUGUGUAAGUUGUUAGCUACUUCUCCUUAAACUGCUGAGAUUUGUUACGCACUACUGUCGUUUUUGUUGGUUGCCAUCACUCAAAUCAGCUUCUGUACACAGCCCUUGUGCAACUGAAAUGUAUUUGGAAGGUGAUAUUAGAAGACAAACGGAGGGCCAUUGUCUGUGUUCAUAUGUAGCGUGCAGCUGCUCCACUCAGGACGAGGUGCUUGGAGUGCGUAUGUGUGUGUGUGAGGUCCGUGUCGACACCACAAACCGGAUAUGGCAAAUACUUACGCUAGCAGCCUUCAGAGGCAGAACAUGGCCUAACCCAGCAACUCAUGGGAGCUAAGAUUCUUCACAACAUUGAAAUCAUCGCCAUACCUUCUGCCCCAUAUCUUCUGAUCCACAUACCCUCUCUGGAUCCAUCCAAUGACAGUGGCUGUGUCCUACUCCUUUAUAGGGGGAAGAGGAGCCACCUACCUUCCACUCACGCCUAUUCAUAGCCGGCGAUAGCUUGACGUUAGCGUUAGAGGUUAGCGCCCUCCCUCCACAGUGACUGUGCCAUUAGCAAUUAGCUGUUAUCCUUUAGUGGCCGGCCCCAUCCCCACUUCCCAACUGACUGUGCCUCUCUGUGUCUCCGCCAGAAGCCUCCCCGGCUGGCCCCCUCCUCCUCCUCCGUCUCCAUCUCCUCCCUGGACUACUGGAAGGACUGGCCCCGGGCCGAGUCCCCGUACUCCCAGGCCGGCUCCGAGCCUGGCGGGGGCACCAAAACCCAGGGGCCCAGCCGCGCCGACACGCCCCAGAGCAGCCCCUCUCCCCUGAGCCUGGGGCCUCUGGGGUCCCUGUUGACCCCCGCAGCCAAACAAGCCAAGCCUGUGGUGGCACCGCUCACUCCUGAGCAGUACGAGUUCUACAUGUACCAAGAGGUGGACACGGCCGAGCUCACGCAGCAGGUCAAAGACAAGCUUGCCAAGAACGGCAUCUGCCAGCGCAUCUUUGGAGAGAAGGUGUGCAAGACACAGACCACCUACACCCUACCGUCCCAUACUCGUGUCCUUACACUCCCUAAUAUACUCAUCCUGCGCUGGUGUAGUGUCAACUCACAUCCCCCCUGUAAUACUGCUCCCCUUCUCUCUCCUUCCUGUCAUUUCCGCCCAGCUGCCCUCCACCCUCAGUCAGCACAGUUCAAGACUGUGUGUACUAUGCUAGCUCAGCUCUCUGUUAUAGUGUGUUUGUUAAAUGAAUCUAUUCAUACAUUUCAUAGAUUUCUGUGUAAACAGGAAACAGUCACUUUUGACAUCAUAAAACAUAUGUGGUCCUUUAAGCUUCAGUUGUCACAUCCAUUUAAAACACAUCUAAGCCUAAGUCGCUCUCUCAGCAGUCAGCUAGUUAAUGGCAUCACACUGUGAUAUAGCAUUGGGCCGCCAACCAGGAUUCCACCAACAAAAACUCCUUUAUACACCCUCUUUGGUAUAAACUAAAGCAGAUGGUGUAAUGGCGUACAGUACAGAUCUCAGUGGUUUGAAGGAAGAAGUGCAUGAUCUCUAUGCAUGUGUGUUUGUAAUUGGGCGAUUCCAUACCAGCAUGUCCUGAAAAUAUUUUAAUAUCACAGAUUGUUUUGGCAAUUCUCACAUAAAAACUUCAUUGGGGGGAUGUUUAACAUGCAUAUUACAUUUGUAUCACAAACCAUUUUUUGGGAAAAUCAGGAUGAAAGUCAAGUGGCAAUUUUUAGACCUAUACAUGCCUCCUGUAAGACCCUAUGAUCAGUGAAACCGUACAUGGUGAAGACAACAUAUUAGUGUCAUUAUACUCCUUGUAGUGUGCUCUAAAAUAUGGAGUAUGUCUAUAAUCUGUAGCUAAUAUAAGGCUUCAUGCUGGCAUGCUUUCUGAGCAGUGUAGUAACACUUUGGAAUGUUGUUUUACUGUGAUGGUGAGCUCGGGUAUAUUAAAAUAUUUGACUGGCGUGUCUGUGUUUAUGUCUGUGUGUAUGCGUGUCUGUCUGUCUGUGUAUGUAUGCGUGUCUGUCUGUGUGUAUGCAUGUCUGUCUGUGUGUGUGUGUGUGUGUUACAGGUGCUGGGCCUGUCUCAGGGCAGUGUGAGCGACAUGCUAUCCAGGCCCAAGCCCUGGAGCAAGCUGACCCAGAAGGGCCGGGAGCCCUUCAUCCGCAUGCAGCUCUGGCUCAACGGAGAGCUGGGCCAGAACAUCCUGCCCUUACAGGGCCAGCCGCAA